CUCGCGUCUGGGCUAGUGUUUUGCCUCAGUUCGGCGCGUCCUUCCCGGCUCGGUCAGACCAGCCCCAGGUCCGGCCUGCGGGAGGGGGAGAGGUAGGCAUUGGGAGGACCGCCGCCCUGGCCGUGCCCCCUGCCCCCGCCGGAACCCAGCGCCGGGGGCCUCCCCCGGCCGCGGCUCGUCCCAAACUCACUGAAUCAGGAGCUCUGGGCUGCGUUCAGCAGCCGGGUUGAGUCGGCUGCAGGCUAGAGUUAGAAAACCACCCUCGUAUGUAAUCGGCCUUCCAAAGCAUCCUUUGCUGUCUUUUCGGAAAGUAAAAGCAUCCCUGCCAUUCGGUCACGGGGACGAGCACCUCCACCUCGUCUGUACGCUGGUCAGUGGAUUUCGGCGUGUUCGCUCUAACUUCUCAGUACUCUUGACUUUCUUCAUGAAGGGAACAUGGAAGAAGAAAGAAAAGUUGCAGAGUUACAGAAAAAUAUGACACAGGACUCUGUGGUCUUUGAGGAUGUGGCCGUGGACUUCACCCAGGAGGAGUGGGCUCUGCUAGAUUUUGCUCAGAGGAGCCUCUACAGAGAUGUGAUGCUGGAAAACUUUCAGAACCUGGCCUCCCUAGGGUAUCCACUGCACACACCAUAUCUGAUCUCUCGGUGGAAACAAGAGGAGGACCUGGAGACAGUGGAAAGUGGACCUAUCCAGGGGGAACACCAGGAAGGUUUUGAGAUUCAACUUAAAACUAAUGAAUUAGUAGCUCCACAAGAUAUUUAUGGACAAAGAAUAUCUGGUGAACAGAAAAUAGUAAGGUUCAAAAGGAAUGAUUCUUGCUCAUCCAUUUUACACAAAAACUGGGAAUACCAUGGUAUUUGUUAUCAGAACAAAAACCAUGAGAGACAUUUGAGAAGUCCAGUUGUGGAGACCAUCUAUGAAUGUAAUGAAGAAAAUCAGUGUGGACAAGACUGCAGCCAAAUUUCACAUCUUAAUAUACUCAAGAGAACUACUGAAGUGAAGUCCUAUGAAUGCCAUGAGUGUAAAAAGGCCUUCACGGAUCAUUUAUCCCUUAAGAAUCACAUCAGGUCUCACACUGGAAGCAAACCCUAUCAAUGUAAAGAAUGUGGGAAAGCUUUCCAUUUUCUUGCUUGUUUUAAGAAGCAUGUGAAAAAUCCCACUGAAGGGAAACCUUACGAAUGUAAAGAAUGUACAAAAACCUUCGGUUGUUCUUCCUUCUUUAGGGCACAUAUGAAGAUUCACACUGGAAAGAUGAGCUAUGAAUGUAAGGAAUGUGGAAAAACCUUUAGCUGUUCUUCAUCCCUGACAGAACACAAAAGGAUUCACAGUGGAGAUAAGCCUUAUGAAUGUAGGGAAUGUGGGAAGGCGUUUAGCUGUUCUUCCUCACUCUCCAAACACAAAAGAAUUCACAGUGGAGAUAAGCCAUAUGAAUGUAAGGAAUGUGGGAAGGCCUUUAGUUCUUCCUCUCACCUUAUAAUACAUAUAAGAAUUCAUACUGGAGAGAAGCCUUACGAAUGUAAAGAGUGUGGGAAGGCCUUCAGCGAGUCCUCAAAACUCACUGUACACGUCAGAACACACACAGGAGAGAAACCCUAUAAAUGUAAGGAAUGUGGGAAAGCCUACAAUUGUCCCUCCUCCUUAAGUAUCCAUAUGAGAAAACACACUGGAGAGAAACCCUAUGAAUGCCUGGAAUGUGGAAAAGCCUUCUAUCUUCCCACUUCCCUUAAUACGCACGUGAAAAAUCAAAGUAGAGAGAAACCCUAUGAAUGUAAGGAAUGUGGAAAAGCCUUUAGUUGUCCCUCAUCCUUCAGAGCACACGUGAGAGAUCACACUGGAAAGAUACAAUAUGAAUGUAAGGAAUGUGGGAAGGCCUUUAGCCGUUCCUCAUCCCUCACUGAACACUUAAGAACUCAUACUGGAGAGAAGCCUUAUGAAUGUAAAGAAUGUGGGAAAGCCUUUAUUAGUUCCUCCCACCUUACAGUACAUAUAAGAACUCACACUGGAGAGAAACCUUAUGAAUGUAAGAAAUGUGGCAAAGCCUUUAUUUAUCCCUCAGCUCUGAGGAUCCACAUGAGAACACAUACUGGGGAGAAACCCUAUGAAUGUAAGGAAUGUGGGAAAGCCUUUCGCCAUUCUUCAUACCUUACUGUCCAUGCAAGGAUGCACACUGGCGAGAAACCCUUCGAAUGUCUGGAAUGUGGGAAAGCCUUCAGUUGUCCCUCAUCCUUUCGAAGACAUGUAAGAAGCCACACUGGAGAGAAACCAUAUGAAUGUAAGGAAUGUGGAAAAGCCUUUGUGUGUCCUGCCUACUUUCGAAGACAUGUGAAAACUCACACUAGGGAAAAUGUAUAAAUGGUGUGAAAUGUGGGAACGUCUGCAAGGCGUUUUCACCUCACAGCAUAUCUGGAACGUUGUGGAGAUGCGCCAUGAAUAUAAGAAGGCAAGAAAGUGUUGCGUAUCUGUUUGACGACUUGAGAACUCACAGCUGAGAGAAACCUGUGUCCGUACACCUUGUGGGAAUGCCUUCGUGAAUGUCACUUCCGGCGUGCAAGAAAAUUCACACGAGAAGCACGGAUCAGGGCCUCACCUGUAAAGUGGACUGCUGGCUCAUUGAUAAUUGGUUUCUGUUUUCUGAUAUGAAUAUUUAAGGUGAUGAAUUUUCCUCUAAUACUUUUUCAGCUCUAACCACAUUUUAUUAUAGGUACUUUUAUUUCGGCCAAGAUGUAAAUGUUCUUUACGUUACAAAAUCUUUUGGACCCAUAGGGGAUUCAAGGUGUUUUUCAAAUGCAGGCAGGAGUGGUCUUUUUUUUUUUUUUAAUUAGUAUCUAAUUAAUACUCACUGUUCUCCAGGUGUGCAGUAUCACACCUGUUAUGGUAUCAACACUUUGGUAUUUGUAAUUUCUUUUGUAAUUUUUUUCUUGUAAUUGGUCAUUUCUAGUAUGGCAGAUACUGGAAAUUGCCUACCUAAUUUUUUUUCCCUUUUUUUUCUUUUUUUAACUAAAAGAACCUAAAGUUUUUGAGGUUAUCAGUUUUUAUUAUUAAAAGCUUUUUCUGUCUAAUAAUCCAUUUCAACAGAAAUUAAUAAGGGCAAGUUCUCAAAAGAAGAGUCGCAUCUAAUACGUUGUUUUUGUAUUUUCUCUGUCCUUGCUCAUGGCUAGGAAUUGGACCCAGUGUUUUGAGUUUAAAAAGGGACCUUGUGACAAGAAAGCUAGAAGUAAAGUUGGUUGAGCUGGCUUGUGUGUGUUAAUUUGGACAUGGUUGGGACUCCAUUUCUCAGAAUCAUUUCCUUAUCCAGUCCCAGGUUAGAGUUGUCUGAAACAGAGUUUGCAUGAGAAUUGGAAGGCAGCGGGAAGAAGCUAUUAUUCUUUGUUUAGUGGGGCCAUAGGAUGGAGACAGAUACAUAGGGGCCUGGUGAGCUUCAGUGUCCGGCUCAUUUUCCUGAUGAUCGGACCCACCAAUCAACACUAGCUUGAAACAGAACAUUAAAUGCUUCUACUUCAGUAAAGUCAGAGGCAGCAGCUCCAUAGACCUUUCCAUAAGUUCCUCCAUCACAGUCAUACACAGCUUCUUAGGUUUUCUGGCAAGUUCCAGCAUUGUCCUUUUGCUGAUCUGACAGUCCCUCUAGCACAUCAACUGGCUCUAUAGAGGUGGCCCCAUUUUGGAGCAGGGUUGUUAUUUGUGUAGUGCAAUCCCGUCACGUCACUUUGCUCAAGGGGAAAGACAUCUGUGCAAAUCCACUGGCAUCUCCAGCAAGAAGGGCUGUGGACAGUAAGGGAAAUUAGGUAUAAGCGAGGUAAGCAUCAGACAGGGCAUCAUCCUAUUUUAGUGGAGGAAGAUUUAUAUUUGACACCUUCAGAUUUUUCUGCUUUUUUAUUUGGGAAAGAUGAAGGUUCUUUGGUUUGUGCUUCUUCAGGUACAUCUAGCUACACUUUUCCCUUCCAUUAUAUUUCCCGUUUAUUUCUGAAAGUAGACCUCAUUUUCUGCUGUUUUAGUAAAGCAUAUAUACGCUACUGUGCACGACAUGUGCUAAUCUUAAGUGUAUAGCUUGAUGAAAUUUCACUUAUGUACAUACCCCGGUAAACAGAACAUUCCCAGGAUUCCAGAAAGUUUAUUUAUCUGCCUUCUCAAUAAUUGCUCCACAGAGGAAACCACAGUUUGACUUUUAUUCAGUGUAUUAGGUUUGCUUCUUCUUGAUCUUCUUGAUCUUUAUGUAAGUGCUUAAAUACAAUAUGUACAAUUAUAUGUUUGGCUUCUUUUCUCAGCAUGAUGUCUAGUUUGCCUUUUAAUCACUCUUUUUACUGACUUACACUUAUUUCUCUUGGUAUAUGUUUUGUUUGUAGGAAUGAGAUCACUGACUCAUAGGUAGACUUUAGCUUUAGUUUUAAUAGGUAUUCCAGUUUUUCAAAAAGGUGGAUUUCACCUAUCAUCCUAAAAGCAAUGCAUGCAAAUUCCAAUUGUUCCACCUAGUUGGCCAGCCCUUUCUAAUCUUAGGCAUCCAGCAGAGGACAUGGUAAUAUCCUGCUUUAGUUUUAGUUUGCAGUUACCUGAUAUGUAGUGAUGGUAAAUGCUUUUUUAUGUGCUUAUUGGCUAUUUGGAUAUCUUUUAUGAGGGCACCCUGUUGAAGCAUUUCACCCAUUUUUGGUUCCUUUUUUAUUUGAAGGGUUUCCUUCUAGUUACUUGUCUUCUAUUGUAUGUAUGUGUAUCUCUAUGUCUAGUUACAUACACAUAUGUAAAACCAUGUGUUAUAUAUCAUAUAUU